UUCAUUCUAUUUCUGACCCAGCAAGCCCUCUUUGAGCUUGCGGCUCGGGUCAUCUCUUUGUUUACCUUCGACGAACACUCCUGCCACCACUCGUCCCUGAUAUCUACUAUCCGGCAUCCUCCCCACGAGAAACACAAACCGAGAGAGGCGGUCCACUCCUCCCUCUCGUCUCUCGCCGACUGAUCACGAGUCCAAAUGCGCAUGGACGAGCUGCCCUCGUCGGCAGCAAAGCGGCAGCAGCCUGCGCCCGUCAAGCUUGUUCGCGCCCAAUCGUCCUCAACUCCCCAACCUCGCCAUACCCUUUCUCGACAACCUUCAAAGGCUUCUCUUUCUACUCCAAAAACAUCAACUCCUUCAUCGGUCGACAAGAGGCCGACAGUCAAUUCGCAUAACACAAUCUCGUAUCUCCCUUCAACUGUCACCACACGAUCUCCACGCAUCGCCGGCUCUUCUCCUGUUCCUCCCCGCUCAUCAAAGGCAGAUUCAACACCUCAGCCGUCAUCUGGGAAAAAAGUUUUCUAUGCCUCUUCUCAGAAAAUAUCGCCGGCUCCAGCUUUGGUUCCGGCGUCUGCCAAUAGGCAAAAAUCGAGUUUGUCCACCUUGAACACAAAAUCAACUUCUCGGCUAAGACCGAGUCCUGUCUUAUCCGCCUCUGCGGCAACACCCUCAUCAACGACCAACAAACCUCCUCUCCCAAAUCUCUCCCGCAAGUCAUAUUCGUCUCUCAAAAAUCCACAUGGCUCGUCUUCUUCCAAAGUAUCAGCUGCACCAGUGCCGCCUAUGCCCACGCAGACCUCAAAGUUCGUAUACGCAAAUGGCAAGGAAGAAGUAUUAUCUCCGCGACGGCCACCGUCGUCAUCUACCUCAUCAGCGACUGUUUCGACCUCAACCGUUCACUCUCCAUUCUACCCGGUCAAUAGUCCACCUCUGUCCUCUUCAAGCUUCUCAUCAGGCUUCUCCGCUGGUACCGGAAGCGAUGAGAUAGAGGACGAUGUUACUAUACUGCCGCAUGUCCCCUCGAUAAUUGCGCAAAUCACUCCCCAUCUUCCCGAAGGCAUUAGCAAUACAAGUGAUGACAAUGUGGAACUUGAGGUUGUGGAAGAAGAUAUCGACGAUCUUGACUUCAACAACGACGAGCCUACCGAUGCAGCCCGCGUCAACCGCAAGAUCCUUGAUCUCGAAAUCUCAAACACAUCACUGUUGUCGAUAAACCGCACUCUAGAGCGUGAAAUGCAUACACAGAAUCGGGAACUGAGAGCACUGAGACGAUGGAUCCAACGAAAUGGAAGCGCUGGUGCUCCCAUCAACUUUGAUCAGCUCUCUAUCUCUGACAGUUACGACGAAGAUGAAAAUCAGGAGGACAGCGACACUGAUGAAGAUGACGACGAUGCGACUCUGCCAAAGUCGAAGAAAUCAUCAAGUAUGGCUCCUUUGACCGAACGAAUAAAGUACCAGCAAGAAGUCUUUCAAACGACGCAGGCUAUAAACUCCUCAAUCAGCAAAUGCAUUGCCUCCUCCGAUUUUCUUAUCAAAGAGGCCCGCGGUGCGUUGGAGUUCACAGUUACCGAGAACGAGAUGCGCGGUCGAGUACUGAGCUACACCGAUUCACCAGCUUACGAAGAGGACGUGGCCGUGGACGAGACUGAUGAUCCAGAGGAUCAGAGUGAUCCGGCGAGUAUAGACAUACCAGCUGAAGAGUCUGAGCCAUCAUAAACAUUUAUUCAUUUCCUGCUAUAUAUCUGCUGUUAUUGUUGUCAUUUUGGGCGUUCGCAGGUUUCAUUUUUCAU